AAAUUCUUUAAAUACUAGUGCUUGUAUUGCACAUUAUUUAUUUUUUAAGAAGUAAUCAUGUUCUCUGUGGUCUACUACAAUUUCUUGGUUUAUAAUUAUUAUCUAUCUGUAUUCUUUAAAAAAAAUCAAAAAUGCCAAAAUGGCUGAACAAAAGUUUGCUUUGUAGCGAUUUUGUGGACGUGCUAUUUCCAAGUUUAACUAAAGGAAGCUAAAAGAGAGUGAUACAAUUUACUUAACAUGUAAAAAGUUUUUCGUUCUUGUUUAAUGUCUUUUUAACCAGUGACGUCUACAUUCUACAAUCAUGAGCGACAUCGCUGUUGUUAAGAGCGAGAUGACUGAAGUGUCUGAGAAGCCGGUUCCAGAAAAGGAAGAAAUUAAAUUCCCGCCCUUCCCUGAUCCUAAAGAAGAGGACUUUGAUGAAGAUAUACCAGAAGAGGAGAGAAAUCAUUACAAAACAUUGUAUAAAGAUUUAAACACUGUCACAGUUAUGAAACUGCAUUGUUCUGCCUGUGACAGGCACCUUGGCUGCUCAGCUCGGAAUGAUAAUCGCAUGCGUACCCAUCCAAUGCUGAGAACAUUAGUUUGCCAAACAUGUCACACAUUUUAUAAUAGUGGAGAGUUUGAAAAAGGGGAUGAUGGCUCAGAACUAUAUUGUCGCUGGUGUGGGCAGGGUGGGCAGGUUUACUGCUGUUCAGCUUGUCCUCACGUUUUUUGUGCGAAAUGUAUAAAAAGGAAUUUGGGCACUCCAAAAAUAAAAGAAAUAGAACAGUUAGAUGACUGGAAAUGUUUUAAAUGUAACAAUAGAUGUUUGUGGGAUCUUCGUGCAUUAUGCUGGGCUGUCAUCCGCUACUGUGACUUGAAAAACAAAAUUACUUAUGAAGUAGAAGAUCCAACAAUAAAAGAGGCAUGUCAAAGAAGUUGCGCACAAGACUAUUCAGAAUGUUGUAAGUAUAAGGUUAAAAGAAAGGAGAAACUAGAGAACAAGAAAAAAGAAGGUGAACAAUCUACUAGAAAGUCUACUACAAGUGUUUAUAAAUUACCACCAACAAUACAGGUGAAAAAGUUUGCUUCAAUUAAUAUGGAGGAACCAAUAAAAACAGAAAAGAAAGCCCAAAAACGGGCAGUCAGUCCUAAAAACAAAAUUGCCAUAAAAAAUCCAAUUUCACUUAAUAAUAAAUUGAUCGGCCAGUUGAACAUGCCUUCAACGCCAAAAAAAGUCAGAAUGAGCAAUUCUCCUGUAAUUAAUCCUGUAAGAUUUAACAAUGAUAGAAAACUUACACCUAAUUUCGCCUGCUAUGCAAGGAUAAGACCCAAGGGGCCACAAAUGCCUGCAAUGUUUAAUGGUUUCAACACACCUACAACUUUUACUAACGACAAUAUAAAUUUAUCAUUAGAAAAUCUAACGCAGGGUUUGGAUAUGUCGGCGAUGGUUGCACUAGCGGGCCCGUCUCAAGACGAUGAUGUUGUAUGCACUCCUGAUUUUCCACUGGAGCCUUUGUGUGAAGUGACCGAAGACAAUGGCGAUGACGACGUGCAGUGCAUAACGCCGGGUCCGGUGGUGGCGCCUAAGCCAGCGCCUGUGGUGCGCCCCGCGGUUUUGCCCGACCUCAACCCCGAAAACAUCAUCCAGAUGACGGACAACGACGUCACCGUCAACUCCACCACCGGCGGCCUCAAGUUUAGGGUGGACCCUCAAACUCUGUCGUCUAACAAAAUGUAUCGCCUGCCUGACGGCCGUAUUUUCGCUAUCAACGCCAACCCUAACAUGCCGGGAGGGUAUUCCGCGACGAUAGUCGCCGUGACGGACAGUAAUCUCAGCAAAGUACCUCCUAAAGGCACGACUUUCGCCGCCAAGCUGAGCGCUGUUCCUUUGACAUCAACGCCUCCUCCACUGAAAUAUGGUAACCGCCACCAACCUAGUCGCAAUGCGAAGCGCAGCACUCCCAAGUCUUCCAAAGUUAACAAGAGCACGGAAAAGCCUUCUCGUGUCUGUGACUUGAAUGUUCCCGUAGAAUGGUAUCGAUAUAAUCUUGUGGACGCCAUCGACGCUCUGGAGUAUUCUUUGUCGAGGUUGCACCAAUUGAAGAAGGACGCGACCACGGUUCAUUUGCGGACACGUUCCAUGAAUGAGAUGCGUCUGUUGCACCGUUCAUUAGAGCGCUGCAUGGCCACUUCGAUGACCAGAUUUAAAGAGAUAAGAGACAAUUUAAACAAGGAGUAUAAACAGUAUAUUUCUAAGAAAAAUGCUGCCAGCAAUGUUAACAACAGCGAUGACGAUGAUGUUGAAAUAUUGCAAGAAGAUGACAAUGAUGACCCAAUUUAUAUAGAUGAAAACUCAUUGGAAUCUAAUCAUAAUGACAAUCAGGAUAUCGACUUGACUGUUGUGGGCAGUAGUGACUUCAAUGACAGCAGUGAUAAAUCACUCGACAAAAAUGACCUCUCGAAGGAUCCUCUAAGUAUGGAUCGGGCACCGAGCCCAAAGGAUAAAAAUAACGAAUCUAAUCGCCGACGUAAUAAAGAGAAUGGCGCUGGAGAUUGUGAAAAUGUAGAAGAUGUUCUCCAAAACGAUUCUAAGAGCAAAGAAGAUGAUAAAAAUAUUUUAAGUGAAAAGGAAGAUAAUCAAGAAGAGCGGCAAAAUGACGAUGACUCAAAAUGUAAAAUGUCGAGAACUGAUAUGAAUGGACAAUUAAAAAAAUCAAUAAAUGCACUUGAGUCAAAAAAGAUUGCAAAAUUAGAUGAAGAAAAUAUUUUAAAUGAUAAUUCUGAUAGUGAAAAAAAGCCGAUUGAUGCAGAGAUGAGCCAAGAAAUGAUUGAAGAUUUGUUGAAAGACGAUAAUGUCAGCAACGGUGACGACGAUUCCGAAACUGUUGAUAACACUGCCGUCAAAGAGGAUGACGUCAGCAAAAAUGAUGACGCAGCCCGCAAUGAGGAUGACGACGAAGCUGCCGGAAUCGUUGAUGAAGUUACCGGCAAUGGUGAUAAAACGGCCCAAAAUGGCAAUGACACCGUUCAUUCCUUAGAUAUUUCGGAUGAAAUCCAAGAUGAAAAGUCUGAAAAGGACUAGUGUAUAAAUUAGCUAACUGAGUAAAAUUAUGCACAUUAGGGUAACUCCUUUAGCUAAUAAGUUUAUAGAGUGGUUAAAAUAAUAAUGAAUAUUACAUUAUAAAUAAAAAAACUUUUAUGACAGAGAAAAUAAAAUAAAACAAAGUAAGGAUGGCCAGGGAAAAAGUCUGGAUGACAAUGUCGUUAAAUACUAUUUUUUUGUGAUACUUUUUGAUUGUUAUUUGUUAAAAUUUAAAUUGCACUUAAUUCAUAUUUUUUUAUUUCAUCUCCUGUUAUAUUCUUAAUUUUAAGGUAACCAUGUAAAUGCUAGUAAAUCGAAUAUGUAUAAAGGUUAUGUCACAUUUCUUUUAUAAUAUUUAUAUAAAAAAGUACAAUUGAAUUUCAUAACAUGGAUAAAUGGUUUAAACAAAUGCUGCUAUACAUUUACAUUAAGAAUAACCUCGCUAUUAAAGGUUAAAGUUAUAAUAUAGGUAACUUUUUAAAACUAAAUGUACCGACCUACUUUUCAGAAACAGACAUUUCAUUUUUGCUAUUGUUGAGAUAUAUAUAUAUAUAUUACAUACAAUUUAUACAGGUACUGAUAAUAUUGUACAAUUUCAAAUACAUUGGUCUUUAGGAAAUGAUUAGUUUGUACUGACAUUGAAUGGUAUUUUUUACUUUUUGUGUCGCGUUAAAUAAAAUAUAAAUAUCACUAACA